AUGAUUAGUUUAGAUGAUUUAAUUAGCGAGUUAAAUAAUGAUAUUAAAUUGUUGGAUGAGGAAAUCGGUGAUGAAUCAAGUCAUUUCAGUCAAUCGUCGUCGUCAUCAACAUUGUUUGGAGAUAUCAGUGUAAAUAUCAAUGAUAAUCAGCAACUGGUGAAUGAUUACAAUUUAGACUUAGAGAGAAUCAACAAAGGAAUUGCUUCAGAUAUCGAUGGAUUUCUGAGAGAGUUCAACGAUUCCAGAGAAAGAGUGAACAAUACAUUGGUCAAUGAUAAUAUAAAAGACUAUCAAGAACAACAACAACAACAACAACAACAUAUACAAAACAAUAAUAAUAAUAUUGGUAGUCCUUUAAAUAAUGGAGCAGAUAUUGAUAUAGUUCAUGCAUUCACAGAGUGGAGAUUACUAAUCGACGAAGAAGUCGAAGAACUGUAUUUACUAGUCAAAAAAUUGAAAAAGAACUCCAAACUGUACAAUAAUAAUUCCAAUAAAUCACAUGAAGCACCUAGUUCACCAAUUUUAACAACCAGAGAUAAACAUCCAGAAUUAUAUAUGCAUAAUAGUACUUUUACAAAUAUUUUACAACUGAAAAAUGAUCUAAUUGGUAUAAUUAAACAGUUUGAAAAGUCACCAAAAGUUAUUCAACCAAGUGGAGAUGAAAGCAAUCAAAUUAAUCUACAAAACAAUCAUGAUUCUUCAAGUUUAGAUAUUUUCAUUGGUGGAAAUUCCGGUGGUUCACUUGGAAAUGGCGGUGGUUUACUUUCAAAAGCAGUGUCCAAUCCCGAUAUGAAUUCUCUGAUUCCUUCAUCACUAAAGUUACCACCAGUAUUGAUUCUUUCACCAAAUGGCACUAACAGCACCAAUUCCUCCACCUCUAUCACCACAGCAAAUGUAUCAUCAUCCACCAAUCUACCGCAUCACAGUGGUCACCACUUACACUCACACAAUCAUCAUCUAAAUAUCGGACACAAUUCACACGCUUCUGUUUCUUCAAAGUCAGCACCAUCAUCGCCAAGACAACGCAAUUCCAUUUCAUCGGCUUCUUCACCAUCGACGCUCUCAUCUCCUUCGACAUCCUCCUCGAAUUCACCGUCGUCGUCACCUUCACCAUCGCGUCGCUCCACCUCAUCCUUUAUGCAAUCGACGCAAUCAUCUUCCAACAAACUCAGCUCAACUUCACCUCCCACCCUACAAACAUCAGCAUCGUCAACAACAACCACACCAAAUAAAUCAAAUCGUCAUAGCAAUUCACAUCUAUCCAGCUCCACAACAACAAGUUCAAGUCACCCAACAACUCCAACCAAAACUCCAACAAGAGCACGUGCCAAUUCCACUUCAACACCCACGCCCUCAUUGAGUCUGACAUCACCCCUGUCUUCACCAGUGAAGAAAUCAACUACACCAACUGUCAAACCAACUUUUACCAGCAUCGUUGAAACGGGAUCUACGACAUCAAGUAGCAACAGCAGCAGUCCACCACUUUUGAAACAAUCGGCUGGAAUUCGAACAGGAGGAAGAUGUAAAGCUGUGGAUUCAAAAGGUGUUGGAUUGCCAGUUGGAAGAGCUGAGUCAUCACCCGUAUGGCGAUCCACUGCUCAACCAUCUGCAGAGUGGCGUUGUUUUGUGUCGACUUCUCAAUGCACUGAUACCCGAUCGUAUCAAAAAAAUCAAUAA